CUAUAUGCAGAGUGUUUUCCUUCUGUCCAGCCAUUCUUCUCCGGGGUUCUCCUCUACAUCCUCCCCGGUCCUCUUGCGAGCCUCUCCAGCUCGCUGUGCCCCGCUGUUUUAGGUGUACCUCGCUCCACGCUGCAGGGACCUGGCCAGGGCAGGCCCAGGGGGAGCAACGCGUCCGUCUGCCCCCGCCAGCUGGAGAGUUGGACGAAGACUGGAUCCUGCCGCUUGGAAGGCUGAGUUGUCCAUCUAACUGAGCUCAGAGAGGUCAGGAAAGGUUACCAUGCCUAGAGCAUACACAGACAUAACAAGCUCCUAUUACUGGUGAACUGGAAAGUCAUGCUCCUUGGAAAAAAGACUACAGUCAGAACACUGUCCCAGAUAAAGAACAACAGGCGACCCAAGGAAAAGAUAAUCAAGUAUUACUGAGGUGAGGUGUUCUGUAUGGAUAGCUGCUGGAAGCCCAUCGCCAUAGCCAGCUCUUCAACACUUAAGCAUUUACCUGGGCAUUAAGUAAUGAAAAUUUUGAAACCAUAUAUGAGGAAUAAAUCCAUCUCGUGCUACUUGUGUUUUCUUCUGAACAGUCAUUUUUUAACUGAGGCUGGCAUUCAUGUCUUCAUUUUGGGCUGUGUCAGUGUGGGUCUCCCUAAAACAGAAGCCAACUGGAAAGAUGUGAUAAGUGAUCUAAAAUACAUUGAGUCUCUUAUCCAAUCUAUUCAUAUUGAUGCUACUUUAUACACUGACAGUGACUUUCAUCCCAGUUGCAAAGUUACUGCAAUGAAUUGCUUUCUGCUGGAAUUACGAGUUAUUUUACACGAGUACAGUAAUGAGCGUCUAAGUGAAACAGUAAGAAACGUGAUCUUCCUAGCAAACAGCAGUCUGUCUUCUAACAAGAAUAUAACAGAAUAUGGCUGCAAGGAGUGUGAGGAACUGGAGGAGAAAGACAUCAAGGAAUUUUUGCAGAGUUUUAUACGGAUUGUACAAAUGUUCAUCAACACUUCUUGACUGCGGUUGAUCCUCUUCUGGGUUUCUGUUAUUCGCACACCUCUGCUGUGCGGAGGCAGCACAGUUCUGUGUGUUUGAGAUCUGCUGGGAAAACAAAGCUGCCUAAGUGGAAGCCCAUGAGCCUCUUGGAUCAGAUGAACUCUCAGAGAUGACGGGAUAAAAGGAGCUCUUCUCAGAUUGGUUUUUAAUUUAUUACUGCACUUGUACAUAUUUGUAAUAUAACAGAAGAUGUGGAAUAAAGUUGUUUAUAUGUUUUAUCGAA